AUGGACAUAGACAUUUUACUUGAAGCGUCGAAGAACACCUCGACGCCAAAGCUUCCCAGGUGCAUCUUCAGAGUUCCUGAAGUUCUCCGCAGACAUAACGUACUGGCAUACGCACCUGACAUUAUCUCAAUCGGGCCCUAUCAUCCACGAGACAAUGUACAAUUUCAAGCUAUGGAAAAUCUGAAAUACGAGUAUUUGCGCGACCUUCUCUUACACAUGGAUAGGUCACACGACAGGGAUAUGGAGUUAGAAGCAUCGAUCAAUAAACUCGUCAAUUACAUUUUAGAUCACAAGAAACUACAAGCCAUGUCUGAGUUUGAGAAAAAAGCUCGUGAUUUUUAUGCACAUCCAUUUGAUCCUCCGAUGAAAAUGGAGUUUCUCCACAUGAUGAUACUUGAUGGUUGCUUCCUAGUACAAAUAUUUAGGAAGUUUGUGUAUAAGGAACAGAGGGACAUUAAUGACCCUUUAUUCAACAUGGAUUGCAUGUUCCAGUACAUAUGCCAUGACCUCUUGCUCUUAGAAAAUCAGAUUCCUUGGUUUGUCCUCCAGGACGUAUAUGAGCUCACCGUCAAGUAUUACCAGAACCCUGAGCCCUGCCUCUCGGUGCUCAUCCUCACCGCGCUCAGCUCACAACCACAACUGUCCCAUAACUGCCGGUGGUAUCUGGAUCAUCUGGAUCAUCUAAGAGAAAAUAAUUACAAAGAGGAUGAAAGUGUGGUCCACAUUCUCGAUCUCAUAAGAACUUCCAUAGUUUUCUCCUUCACUGAACGCUACGAGAAACCUUUCCACGAUGCAAAGGUACAACUGAUAGCUUCAGCAACUGCUCUUUCUGAGGCCGGCAUUAGAUUCAAAAUGAGCUCCGAUAAAUGUAAAAGCAUAAUGAACAUAGAAUGCGAGAAUGGGGUUAUUAUGAUUCCGCAUCUAGAAAUUGGAGAGUUAACUGAAUCGAUAUUCAGGAACCUGAUCGCCUUGGAGCAAUGCUGUUAUGGUCGUUCGCACAAAAUCACAUCUUAUGCCGUUCUGAUGGAUAACCUCCUCGGUUCUAGCAACGAUAUAAAAUUUCUCUGCGACAAGGGAAUUAUACGUAACUGGCUGAGCGCUGAAAAUGGUUCUGAGUUCUUCAGCAAGCUUUACUGCGACACGGUGCUUACUUAUUUCUACUAUGAUGGACUCUGUACUCGAGUGAAGGAUUACCAAACAGCAUCGAGGAAGUGGCGAAAAACAUUGAAGCGUAACUAUUGUUCAGAUCCAUGGAAAGCCACCUCCUGGAUUGUAGCAACUAUCCUUCUGAUUCUCACCGCAUUGCAGACUGCAUACGCCAUUACGCAAUACUAUUCUCCUCCAGCAUGA